UUGAAAUUUCAUACAAAUCUUCAAUUUAAACCAUAACUUUUAUUUAGGUAUAGCACAGUACCCUUUAAAUCCGACACUCUCAAAAUUUGUUCAGACUUUAUAAUAUAUUUAUUUUAACGUGUAAUCAUGUCUACUAGAGCAGUUUCUUUAAAAAGCCACGAGGAAUCUACCUUCAAGGAUGGGAUCAGUGAGUACCACACUGUAGAUGAAGACGAAUCUGGAGUAGUGAAUGAUACUAAUAAGUUUCGUAGACCAGAUCCUAAACCAGAAGAAACAGGCACAUCCCAAGCAAAUAUAUCUAAAAAUUACAGUGAGUCUAAAUUCUUAGAAUUGAAAACCCAAAUUCAAAGUAUUUUUGAUGAUUACAAUAAAAAUAUGGGGGACUUCGAACUGUUCAAAAGCAAUUUUCACUUAACUAUGGAAGAAUACAAACAAUGCGACUCUUUUACACAAGUCGAAAGUUCAAUCGAAGAAACAAUGGAGCAUGAUAGUACUGAAUCAGACGGCGAAAUCGAAAAUUCGUUUUCAACAGGACUGUUUAAUGAAAGCAAUGAAGUAAAAAAUAUUGAAACAACAUUUUACUCCUUUAUUAAUAACAACUUUGUCAAUUUAACUUCAGAUGAAGCAAGUUUUGAUUCAAAAAACAACUCAGAAAAGACAUUUGUCCUCCAUAACAGUGAUGUUGUUGAUCCAUGUAUAGAAAGAGAGCUAAGCAAACGCGGUACAAUGUCUGAAAACAAUAUCUGUAAGAAAAUUGUAGACAAAUCUCCAGCUUCAGAAAAAACAACAGAACCUCAAGAUUCUGAACAGGAAGAAAAUUCCGACGAAGAAAAAUACAUACCUAUUAAAAAUUCACUCGCAAAAGAGGAUUUAAAAAAGAAAGAAGAAGACAAAGACUAUUACAAAGACCAAGACACACUUUUCAUAUUCAAAAUUUGUAGUUACAUAUGCAAGAAAAUUCGCAGGAAUCCAAUAGCUUAGCAAAAUAAAACUGCUGGUGUAAU